GUCCGGCGUUGUGCGCGCUCCGCUCCUGACUGUGCGGCACCGAGACGCAGCAGAUCCUCCCUCCCCGCUUCCUCCGACUAAAGGUUUGGCCUUCACAAAGUGGUAGCGAUGGCGCUCAUCUCCUUGGAAGACCUUGACGGUUUGGAGGACGAGCAGCUGGAUGAUGAGAUCACUGACAACCCUGAGCCAAUGGAAGAGGUGGAGGGGGAGAGACUGUUCAACCACUGGCAGGCGGUAGCCAGCACCCAUCAGGUGUCUGUUCCACAAGAGAUGACCGGUCCGAUCCAGGAGAUGACCCGGCGGAACCACCAGAGGGAACAGAUUCAUUCCGUCCUGAUAAACCGCCAUGAGAAGAUGGGGGAGGUGCUGUACGAGGAGCGGGUGUACCCGGCGGGGAACUGGGCGUGUGUCACCAAGGAGGCGGAGCUUUAUGAGCAGAGUAUUUCUCUGGGCUUCAUGAAACUGAUGCGCUUCAUCUGCAAGGAGAACUCUGCAGGGCGCCACCUGGGGAUGACCAUCCCUGUCAUGAACAACAUCCACAUAACGGAGGACGGCAAGACCUUUGAGAAGCAUGUCCUGACUGCGUUCUACCUGCCUGCUGAGUUCCAGAGCACCCCACCCCAGCCUGUGGACCCCGACAUCACCAUAGUCUACAGGGACCCAUUCCGGGUCAUUGCCCGGCCAUUCUUUGGUACCACCACUGAGGAGACGAUCACCCACCAAAUCAACCAGCUCUGGGAAAUCCUCGGCGACGUUGACAGCCUUCACCGCGACAGGUACAUGGUGGCUGUGUACGAGAACCCUGGAGUUUCCUGCCGACGGAACGAGAUCUGGUUUAUCCGCCGGGAACCCUAAAUUCUUCUAGAAUAAAAUCGGUUCUCGCACUGUCACUCCCUCCUCCUCUUCUUCACCCUCUCUCGCCUGUUCUCUUGCGCCCCCCAGUGGAAAAUGGAUUGGUCUGGGUUUGUGUUCAGGUGGAGAGUUUCUGAGAGGACAAGAUGAUCCCAGAAGUCCUGAAUGUGCUUCCUCUUAUUGUCCCCUGGUGUCCUUCCUUCCUUCCUCUGUGGCUGGCAGGGUUGUCCAUCCUGCUUGGUCAGACUGAAUUCGGUUUUUUGGCAGGUGUGCUUCUCAGUGAUCGACCUAGCGGCAGGAAGCAGUUUUUAUCAAGAAUGACAUGGAUUUUCUGUUUGGUGUUUGCCACCAGCACCUAAAAAGACCCCGACCUUGACCCCAGAUUUGGUGUCAUCCCAGGUCAUCGUCCGGCCACUAGAUUCAGUUCAAAUGCAGCUGUCAGAUGAAUCACGAAGGUCACUUCAGUGAAGCUCGUCCAUACAUGUGUGAUUGUUGGUGUGUAUCUGUUAACACUACAGACCCAGACCCUGCCCCUUUCAACACGGAGGAACCACUGACCUUUUGGGUUUGCCUUUUUUGUUGCUGUUCUGUUCUUUGACUAUAUCACACACACACACACACACACAUAUAUAUAUACAUACAUAUAUAUAUAACAAUCCUGAAUAAGUAGACUCUUGCUAGCCCUUGGCUAAUGGGUCGGACCCUUUAGUCGACUGCUUAACCUUGUCGCCCGUAGUGCAGGAGAUCCGGGUUCACAUCCCGGCUGCGGCGGUUCCCGGGCUGCCCCCCGAAUUCUCUACAUUUGGGGUCCGACCCGUUAGCCAAGGGCUAGCGAGUCUCGCUAUCCGAGCACGUCACACUAUCCCCCUCCUUUGGGACGCGCACGCUUCGGCAUAUCGCCUCCCUCACGCUUCUGGGCGCACGCGCUUCCCAGGGCCUCGCGGCGGUCCCGCUAUCCCGGAAUGACGAAGGGGCGAGUGACGUGUAUCCGGAUGCACCGGGGAAGUGAGUGAGACCGGAGUUUUGGGGGCAUUAACCACCGCCUGGUGGGUUUCUAAAGGUACAGUUCCGUGAGCUCUGUUUCCAUGGAGACUGGAGCCAUAAGAAGGGAGUGUGUAGUUUUGUAUAAAAGGCCCCCCCCCCUUUAGCUCAGUGCUGACAUCUCGGAAUAAGAAGCUGUGGUCACAUAUAACUCGUCUGGUAUUUCCCCAGGAUCAUGUCUUCACGGUGAGACCUGGAGCCAGUCAUGACCCCGGCAUUCGGCUCGUUUUUUACUUUUCUGCUUUUGAGUGUAAAGUGUGAUUCUGAUGCUGUCACAGAUUUCUGCUUCUGGCAACGCACAACACUUAACAUGACGCUGCACACCAGCUGUUGUCUGACAUUUAUAUUGUAUUAUAUGAUAUGAUAUAUGUUAUAGUGUAUCCGUAUUAUAUGAUAUAUGUUAUAUUGUACCGUAUUAUAUGAUAUAUGUUAUAUUGUUCUGUAUUAUAUGAUAUGAUAUAUGUUAUAUUGUACUGUAUUAUAUGAUAUAUGUUAUAUUGUACUGUAUGAUAUGAUAUGAUAUAUGUUAUAUUGUACUGUAUUAUAUGAUAUAUGUUAUAUUGUACUGUAUGAUAUAUGAUAUAUGUUGUACUGUAUUAUAUGAUAUGUUAUAUUGUACUGUAUGAUA